ACCAGCAGCAGUAGCAGCGGCACCAGUAGUGGUUGUUCGGUUGGAUUUGUGAGUGGAAGUGCUGUUUGGAUGCUGGAAGAUUAAGAAGAUCUUGUAAAAAUUUACUAGUGAAAUAAGUGACGAAUUUUUGAUUGGAUUUGGUUCAAAAUGAGUACCUGCUAUGGCUGUAAGGAGCCAAUCAAGGACAAGGUACUGGAAGCGCUAAACAAGUCCUGGCACCCGGAGCACUUUGCCUGCAAGGAGUGCAAGAAGCGCAUCAUCGAGAACAAGUUCCACGAGAGCGGCGGUCACCCGAUCUGUACCAAGUGCAACGAUUCCAAGGUCCAGGCCAUCUGUGCCGCGUGCAGAAAAAUUAUCACCGAGAAAGUGGUAAAAGCGAUGGGCAAGGCCUGGCAUCUGGAGCACUUUAUCUGCGGAGGACCGUGCAAGCAGCAGCUAUCCGGUCAGACCUUUUUCGAGCGCAACGGCAAACCGUACUGCGCGGCCGAUUACGAGCGGCUGUACGCUCCGAAGUGCGGCGGCUGCAAGAAAGCCAUCGCCGAGAAAGCUCUGUCCGCUUUGGAUGCAAAAUGGCACAAGGAUUGCUUCAAGUGCAAGCUUUGCAAAGAACCGAUCGGGGUGGACUCCAAGUUCCGCUCGGACAAGGAUAAGCAACCGAUUUGUGAAAAAUGCGGAGUCUAAACCGAACCGAACUUGGAUGAACUCCGGUCUGAACACGUUUCCAUCUCUCAAUCCGUAACAACAAGCAAUCAUGCAAGGAAAAUGUCCUCUCUCUUUACUUCUCAACCAAAUACAACGAAAAUUAUGCUUUUGACGCGCUGUGUGUGUUACUUACUGGCUUGUUACUCAACAAAGUGUGUUUAUGCCAUUAUUUAUGUAUGUAA